GCGUGCCGACAGCAUCGUCCCCGUCGUUCUCGCGCCCUCCCCGCUCUCCAGCGCGCGCCCUCCUGCCCUCUCCGCGCCGCACGCCGCUCGCGCGCUUGACGCGCCGUCUGAUGCGAGAGCUCGCGCGGCCCGGCGGCGAGCACCAUGUCCUCGCGCAAGAUCUCGUCGGAGUCGUUCAGCUCGGUCGGGUCCGACUGCCUCGAGAGCCCCGACGACAACGCCGAGUGCCCGUUCUCGCGCGCCUUCUGGAACGGCCGGAGCCCCGCGGAGGCGCGCGCGUUCGACGAGCAGGCUGCCGCCACGGGAGCGCGGAGAGCCGCGAGGAGGAAGCGCGUGAACCUGGAUUUGCUCGGGGAGAGCCUGAGGCGGCUCACCUCACCCACGACCCAGACGAUCCAGCAGGCUCUGCAGCGAACUGUGGACUUCUACAGGCCGAGAAAUAACAGCGAGGACGGAUCAGAGCAGAAACAUGCAUUAGAAAAAUAUCCGUAUGUAAACUCCCAAACCGACAACCAAACCGACAUCUCAGGAAUUCUGCAAUGCACAGCGGCAAUAGUGGGUGUGGGCUUCCCUACACUCCGGGAGCGCUUCGGAGAAGAGUUCUUUGGACUUUGCUUAGAGGAGAACGAGCGGGUUCUCCGCGCUCUGGGCGGGACCCUGCAAGACUUCUUUAACGGGUUCGACGCUCUGCUGGAGCACGCGAGGACCUCGUAUGGACGCAGAGCCUCUUCGGAGUCAGCGUCCUUCCUGUGCAAGGAUACCGAGGAAAAUCGAGACGAUGAGGAAGGAGGAAGAACCCUACUCCUGCACUGCUUUUACCCGGACCCCACGGUGGGUGUGGCCAUGCCAGGGUUGAUCCGCGCUGCCGCCCGCCGCAUCUACCAAGCAGAAGUGGAGGUGGAGGAGGCUCCGUCCACCCGUCUCCGUGCGGUUAACGAGGAUGGAGAAAUCUCUGACCAGUCUACCCCAUCGUCAUCUCCGUCUCCGCCCACUUUCUCGGCCCCCAGCUGUCUGUCGUUCCUCAUUCGAGAGGUCCGGGUCGCGUCGCCGUCGUCAUCGUCCUCGUCCUCACGCCAGCUCUCUCGCUCGCCGAUGGACCUUAGGAUCGGACUGAGCACGUUCUGCAGGGCAUUUCCAUUUCACCUCAUCGUCGGUCCCAAUAUGGACGUUCUGCAGGUGGGCGUGGGAUUAAAGAAUGUCGGGGAUGGGAUAAGGAAGCCACACAGGACGCAGAGCUUCAGUGACAGCUUUCAGAUCGUCUCUCCCAGAAUUCCUUGUUCUUUCCAGAACAUUUUGCUGUGCCUAUCGACGCCGUUUACCAUCCGUACUCGGCCCGACCCGUCCGCUCUGGAAAGCAGGGAGAAGGUCAUGGAACUAAAGGGUCAGAUGAUCCAUCUCCCCGAGUCAAACUCCAUCAUGUUCCUCGGCUCGCCCCGUGUCGAUAGGCUGGAUGGGCUGGAUGGGCUGAUGGGGCGGGGCUUACAUCUUUCAGACAUCCCUAUUCACGAUGCCACCCGUGAUGUCAUACUGGUGGGUGAGCAGGCGAAGGCUCAGGAUGGCCUGAAGAAGCGCAUGGACAAGCUGAAGGCCACACUGGAGCGGACGCACCGCGCGCUGGAGGAGGAGAAGCGGCGCACCGUCGAGCUGCUUUACUCCAUCUUCCCCGGCCACGUGGCACAAAGACUCUGGCAGGGACUUCCUGUCCAGGCCAAAAAGUUCGACGAUGUCACAAUGUUGUUCUCUGACAUCGUGGGAUUCACGGCUGUGUGCGAGCAUUGCACACCCAUGCAGGUCAUCAGCAUGCUCAACGAGCUGUACACACGCUUCGACUACCAGUGUGGUGUGCUUGAUGUCUACAAGAUCGAAACCAUUGGUGAUGCGUACUGCGUGGCUGCAGGGCUCCACAGGAAAUGUGUGUGUCAUGCCAAGCCUAUCGCAUUAAUGGCGCUGAAGAUGAUUGAGCUCUCAGAGGAGGUGCUCACACCCGACGGCAAGCCCAUCAAGCUGCGUAUAGGGAUUCACUCGGGUUCCGUGUUAGCCGGUGUGGUUGGAGUGAAGAUGCCACGGUACUGUUUGUUUGGAAACAACGUCACACUCGCCAGCAAGUUCGAGUCUGGCAGCCAACCACGGCGCAUUAAUGUUUCCCCAUCGACAUACCAAUUCCUCCAUGAUGAUCACUCCUUCUGUUUUAUCCCUCGCUCCCGUCAGGAGCUUCCUGAAAACUUUCCCAAAGAGAUUCCAGGAAUCUGCUACUUCCUGGAGGCUGGGAAAACCAGUCAAGGAAGCCACACCACCUUGACCAACACCCGCUCCGCCCCUAUCCGAAAAGCGUCCUAUAACAUCGGGACCAUGUUUCUACGUGAGACCAGCCUCUGAGGAAAAC